GAGCGCGGCGGAGGCGUCGCGGCUGCGCGUGCUGUGGCUGUCUCCGACGGACAUCGUCGACGGGCGCGGAGCGACGGCCAACUUCCCUGCCCCGGACCGCACGGGCGAGAAGUACUACAUCACGACGGCGAUCAACUACGCGAACGGGCUGCCGCACAUGGGCCACGCGUACGAGGGCGUCUGCGCCGACGUCAUCGCUCGCUACCACCGCGCGUACGGCCGCGAGGUCUUCUUCCUGACCGGUGCCGACGAGCACGGCCAAAAGAUCAGCGACACGGCCGCUGCGCAGGGCAUCCGGCCCAUCGAGUUGUGCGACCGCGCCGUCGCCGGCUUCCGCGCACUCAACGCCAAGUUGGGCGUCUCGAACGACUUUUACGUGCGCACAACUUCGCCUGCGCACAAGGCGGCCUGCCAGGCGCUGUGGCGGCGGGCGGUCGAGAGCGGCGACGUGUACCUCGGGUCGUACGAGGGGUGGUACAAUGUGCGCGAGGAGACGUUUGUCACCGAGACCGAGGCGCAGGCGUCCGAGUACAAGGACCCCGCCUCGGGCGUGCCGCUGCGGAAGAUGCCUCGACAUUUCGAGUCGUCCUACAUGUUCAAGAUGGCCAAGUACCACGAGCAGGAGCCGCUGCGCGACCUCUCCGUCUCGCGCGCCACGUUCACAUGGGGCAUCCCUGUGCCGGGCGACGAGAAGCACGUGAUGUACGUCUGGUUCGACGCGCUGACAAACUACCUUCGCGUCGUGUCUGGGCUGGUGAAGUACAUGACUGCGGAGGCGCUGCUGGGGCGGCGUGUCGUGCUGCUGGCAAACACAAAGCCGAGCAAGCUCAAGGGCGUCGAGUCGCAGGCGCGAGCGAUGCUGCUCUGCGCCUUCGCCGCCGACGGCAGCGCGGUCGAGCUGGUGGAGCCGCCGCCGGCCGCGCCGCUCGGCGAGCGGGUCGUGUUUGACGGGCACGACGCGCCGCCCGAGAAGCAGCUCAACCCUCGCAAGAAGCUGUGGGACAGGCUGCAGCCCGAGAUGAACACCGCGCCCGACGGCACCGCCCGCUUCCAGCAGCUGCCCUUCUCGACGCCGCACGGGCCCUGCAAGUGCGCCUCCAUCGCCGGAGGCGCAAUCAAGUGAGCUCCGCGCCGUGCGAGAGCGGCGCUGGCGCCGAGCGACGCCCGCCACGCGCCUCGGACAUCACCCCAUUUGGGGGGGCCCUCUGAACACAAAACACGCUCGGGCGUCGGGCCACACACAUGCACACAUCGCUGGUCGAUCGUCUACUGUUUCGUUAUCCCCAAUGCUUUUGAUGAUAGAGGGUGUGGACCGUG